AUGCAGUACCACAUUGGCGGCAAUGCAGCUUUACUCGCCACACGAAUCGCCUCGAAUUUCCCGUGGACCGAGGUGCAUCUUGUUGGCCCAAUCGGUCCCCGAAGCCAGGCUCUUCUCCAUCCGUCAAUCAAAAGAAGCAAUUCAACAAGGAUCACGAAAGAUGAAUUGCAUGUGAUAUUGGAGUAUAAACAGGGAGAAGUUUUGGGAGAACACGUGGCAUUGGGCAGCUCUCGUUUCAUCACAUCACAUGAUUUGUACAGCAGCAGCACAAUCUUGAUCGAGAUGUUCUUCAAAGCGAUCGCCACCGUGCAACCGGAUCUCGUUAUUAUAACCGGAGUGCACUUGUUGGAGUUCCUGGAGAAAGACGUUCGAGUGGAAAAACUCCGUUUAAUCAAGCGAAACAUUGUGCAGAUUGAUUCACGAGUGCCGAUCCAUUUGAAGCUGGGGGGAUUGGGUGGAGAUCAAGAGUUCGCGAAGAGUGUUCUUGAAAAGAUCCUCCCCUACGCCGACUCGUUGGCCUUAACUGAGCAACAGUUAGCGCUAUUGGCAAAGGUUGGCGGCGGACCGCAUCCAAACGAGUACCCGGUUGUCGGUGGAGCUCUGCACACGCAUAAGGUCAUUGACAUGUUACACUGGUUGAUCACGAAAUAUGGAAAGCCGAAAAACGCGACGAAUGCUGAAGAGAAGCUGAAGAGAUUGUCAAGGAUUCAUUUUACUUGUUUGACUUUUCAUGUGGUGGUUGCAACUGGCUCAGAUUGGUCGAAUUUAGCAUCAGGAUUAGCGAGUGGAGCGAGAAUCGCGGGAAAAAUUGUUUGCGGCGGGGAAAAGGCUGAAGCUCAAGAUCUGCUCGAGAGUCGCACGUCGCAAAGUUUUCUUCUCGAUUCGUCUCUCCAAAAGAAUUACCAUUUCGAUCCACAUCACCCAAUCACUUCUUGGCUUCACGACGAUUCCCUUUUCCUUUUCACUCCAGUUUUAGUUUGUAAAUAUCCACGGAAAACAGUGGGCGUUGACGAUACGAUCUCUUCAACCGCACUUCUCUACUCACAAUUUUAUCGUUUUGAGCCUUUUUUCGCA